AUGGUUUUCCUUGUGAAUUCCAUUCCACAGGACAUUCCCGGCGCAGCAUUUGUAUAUCCAAAAUCCGGUUCCCGAUUUCGACCAGGCCAAGAAGUUCGAGUUACCAUAAGUGCCGACCCCACGAUCAGAAAAAUUGAUAUUGUAACAUUUCACUCUUUAUACGCAAUCACUAAAACCAAUAGUUCCAAAGUAAUCGCCAAAAAUCUCAAAGGUCACGAAGGACAUUUCUACUUCAAAUUUAAAAUUCCUUUGUUCUUUCGACCGGAUUCUCAGGUGUACCUUCUGGCCCAGUACAACACCUUCGGUAAUAGCAUUAAAUCUGGAUCACUCAUCAUAUGGAGUGCCAAAGAAUAUGUUGUGAUUAGACAACCGCGUGUUGGAGAUGUUUACAGAUUGGAUCAAACAAUCACGGUAGCUUGGGAUUAUAGAUUUGAUGACGAGGAAAGCAACAAGGUUGAAAAGGCAAUGUUGUAUUUACAAGAUAAUUAUAACAAGAUAGUGCUUAUGCAAUUUGAAAAUUUUGAUCUUUUUGGUAGUCAACUGGAAAUCGAUUUGAGUAUUGUACCAAUGAUGCCAAGUAGAGAAAUUUCUUUAACCUUUGUCGUGUAUAUUAGGAAGCAAGAGGGACUCAUUUUGCGUAGAUAUUAUUCUGAUUACUUCGCCAUCAAUUAA